CUUUACAAAGGCUUUUCUCAUUUCUCUAUCGAUCUCAAUCUUCUCAGGGAGCAGAAAUGAUGGCCGCCAUGUUGAGAUCUCUCCGAAGUAGCACCACCUCAUCUCGAUUUCUCCGCCGUCCUUACUCGUCGGAGUCUCAUCCGGAGCGAAAGGUCACCGUUUUAGGAGCCGCCGGCGGAAUUGGACAACCGUUGUCCCUCCUCAUGAAGCUUAAUCCUCUCGUCUCCAGACUAGCUCUUUACGAUAUUGCCGGAACCCCAGGCGUCGCCGCUGAUGUCAGUCACGUCAAUACCAGAUCUGAGGUAGCUGGAUAUGCAGGCGAGGAACAGUUAGCGCAGGCGUUGGAAGGAUCAGAUUUAGUUAUAAUUCCAGCUGGUGUUCCUAGAAAGCCUGGUAUGACACGUGAUGAUCUCUUCAACAUCAACGCUGGCAUUGUGAAAUCCCUCUCCAUUGCUAUUGCAAAAUAUUGCCCUAAUGCACUUGUGAAUAUGAUUAGUAAUCCAGUGAAUUCUACUGUUCCGAUUGCGGCCGAGGUAUUCAAGAAAGCUGGAACUUAUGAUGAGAAGAAACUGUUUGGUGUGACUACAUUGGAUGUUGUUAGGGCCAAAACAUUCUAUGCAGGAAAGGCAAAUGUUCCUAUUGAGGGGCUUAUUGUACCUGUUGUUGGUGGUCAUGCUGGGAUAACCAUUCUUCCUCUAUUUUCACAGGCUAGUCCACAAGCAAACUUGUCUGAUGAACAGAUUAUUGCUCUCACAAAGAGGACACAAGAUGGUGGUACUGAAGUUGUAGAGGCUAAAGCCGGAAAAGGUUCUGCAACACUCUCAAUGGCAUAUGCUGGUGCUAUUUUUGCGGAUGCAUGCUUAAAGGGUCUAAACGGAGUUCCAGAUGUUAUAGAAUGUUCAUAUGUACAGUCAACCGUCACCGAACUUCCAUUCUUUGCUUCCAAGGUGAGGUUAGGGAAGAAUGGUGUAGAGGAAGUUCUAGAAUUGGGUAAUCUAACAGACUUUGAAAAGCAAGGUUUGGCAAGCCUCCUACCAGAGCUCAAGGCUUCUAUUGAGAAAGGAAUCAAGUUUGCAAACCAGAGUUAAAUCUAAAACAAAGCAUAAAUAAUACAAAUGAUAUGUUUAUUUGUUUAUGGUGGUUCUAUUUGAGUGAAUAAUAAUGUCUCUCCAUUAGGUUUAUAAUGGAGAUACAUAUACCUAAACUGAAUCUUCUCAUAUUUUGCAAUCAAUUUUACCUUUAUUCUAAUCCAAUAUUGCAUCAA